UGCUGUGAAUGGCAAGCACUGUGCCCUGUGAUUGGCUCCUGGGGUCAUGACGUAAGCAGCCCCAGCUUGCUAUUUGAGCUCAAGCCUUGCCCAGUUCUUUCCACUUCUACAUGUAGAGCCUGCAGCACACAUGGGAGAGAGGGGGGAGUAGGCGCCUUUCUCUAUUCUUGUCUCCUAUUCCCUGUGCUAUGCAUAUGCCAGCAUACACAAAAGCAGCACAACUGGCAGCUGGUGCACCCACACUGGCAACCUGACCAUCAAUAUAAUGAAUAGCCUGCAAGCCGACUACUGCAGAGGAACAGAGCUCUUGCAAGAAACUUCUGCCUGCUAUACCUAAAAGGAUCCCUGGAUCUAUGAAAGACCGCUGGAGCAGCUGGUAACCGGGCAUUUUGUUUACCUUCCCCUAUGGGUGCCACAACUUGUGAUUGCUAUCCCUGGAUUGUAUUGGCGUACACGUCACAGAGGUCGAUUACAUAACUGCAUGGUGCUUUGUUUUAUUAUCUCCUUUCUUUUGCUUAUGGACGAAUUAAUCCUGGUGACUUUGGAAGUUAACCACAGCGUUUGUGACCGAUGCUCACAAAAGAGGAGCUGUCGCUAGUUUUUCCCCCUUGCCCAUGCCACUAGACCCAGGCUGCCUGAAUGGCAGGAUCAUGAAGUGUUUGACUUUCUUUCUUCUGCUUCCAGAGACCUUAAAGAAGUCUAAAAAGAGCGCCCGAGCUAACAGCAAGGUGCAAGCAUGCUAUGAGAUAGUGCCUCUGGCUCUCAAGAGGAAGAUGGCUGCAGAGCUUUACCCUGCUAGUGCAAACACGAAUAUCGCCAACAGUAAUAACGCAGCUGCGGUCACCGCCAAGAAAAACGCCCUCCACAUCCAGCAGAGUGCACCGCCGCCGCCGCAACUACAGAACCUGAACAACAACAACAUCGAGAGUACCAACUGGCAGUCCUUCCACCCGACCCUGAGGGAGAGGAAUGCACUGAUGUUCAACAACGAGCUAAUGGCUGAUGUGCACUUUAUUGUGGGGCCCAUCGGGGCGUCCAAGAAAGUCCCUGCUCACAAGUAUAUUUUGGCUGUUGGGAGCUCUGUGUUUUACGCCAUGUUUUAUGGAGAUUUAGCAGAGGUCAAAUCUGAAAUCCAUAUCCCAGAUGUGGAACCUGCUGCUUUUUUAAUCCUUUUAAAAUACUUGUACAGCGACGAGAUUGACCUGGAAGCAGAUACAGUGCUUGCAACGCUCUACGCUGCCAAGAAGUACAUUGUACCCGCGCUGGCCAAGGCCUGUGUAAACUUUCUUGAGACUAGCUUAGAGGCCAAAAAUGCAUGUGUCUUACUUUCUCAAAGCCGUCUCUUCGAGGAGCCAGAUCUGACUUUGCGUUGCUGGGAAGUGAUUGAUGCACAAGCUGAACUGGCACUGAAGUCAGAAGGCUUCUGUGAAAUCGAUCUACCAACCCUUGAGAUUAUUGUGACACGGGAGACUCUUAACACUAAAGAAGACGUUGUUUUUGAAGCCGUUUUGAAUUGGGCGGAGGCCGAGUGCAAGCGGCAGGGCCUGUCAGUGACACCUACAAACAAAAGGAAUGUACUGGGAAAAGCAUUGUACUUGGUACGGAUUCCAACCAUGACUUUAGAGGAAUUUGCCAAUGGGGCUGCCCAGUCGGACAUUUUAACCUUGGAGGAGACACGCAGUAUAUUCUUGUGGUACACGGCUGCUAAUAAACCCCAGCUAGAGUUUCCUCUUGUAAAAAGGAAGGGUCUAGCACCUCAGAAAUGCCACAGAUUCCAGUCUUCGGCCUACCGCAGUAACCAGUGGAGAUACAGGGGACGUUGUGACAGCAUCCAGUUUGCAGUAGACAAAAGGAUAUUUAUAGCAGGACUUGGGCUUUAUGGAUCAAGCUGUGGCAAAGCAGAAUACAGUGUCAAAAUCGAACUCAAAAGGCAAGGGCUGGUCCUUGCUCAAAAUCUGACUAAAUUUGUCUCUGAUGGAUCUAGUAACACUUUUUCGGUGUGGUUUGAGCACCCUGUGCAGGUGGAGCAGGACACAUUUUACACUGUUAGUGCCAUCCUGGAUGGCAAUGAGCUCAGUUACUUUGGGCAAGAAGGCAUGACAGAAGUGCAGUGUGGAAAAGUGACUUUCCAGUUCCAGUGCUCAUCGGACAGUACCAAUGGAACUGGUGUACAAGGAGGGCAAAUUCCAGAGCUGAUCUUUUAUGCAUGAAACGUCUCCCCUCCAAACUACUGCUAAAGCACACUGAAGCCCCCCAUUUUCUACAGCUUACCCCUUUCUACUCUACCCUGGUUGACCUGCCACGCACUGAAAAGGGGUGAAGUGAAAUCUGUUAUCAUAAACUGUAUGGAAUGUAACCAAUGGGCUGUCAAAACCUCCACCUGAAGGAAUGCUUUUAGAGUUUAUUCUUAUUUUAUUUAUUUAUAAGCUAUUUGAAUUAUUAAAACUGCGACAUGCAGGGAAAUGGUAAAGAAAUCUGCACAUAAUGUGCAUUUAUUUUGUAUAUAGAUACCUUGUUAAAAUUUAGCUUGCUCAAGAGAGGAGCAGCGAUAAAAUAUGUUACAUAAAAGAUUUUUACUCAUACCUGA